AUGGCGAGCGUGGUCGUGAAGACAAUCUGGCAGUCCAAAGAGAUCCAUGAGGCUGGGGACCCCCCCGCGGGGGUCGAGAGCCGCUCCCAGCUGGUCCCGGAGGCUCCCGGGGGGGUGACCAGCCCGGCCAAGGGAAUCACGAAGAAAAAGAAGGCAGUGUCGUUCCACGGGGUGGAGCCACGAAUGUCCCAUGAGCCAAUGCACUGGUGUCUGAACCUUAAAAGGUCUUCAGCCUGCACCAACGUGUCCUUGCUCAACCUGGCCGCAGUAGAGCCCGACUCCUCUGGGACAGACUCAACCACAGAGGACAGUGGCCCGCUGGCCCUGCCCGGGCCUCCUGCCUCCCCCACGCCACCCUGGGCUCCAGAUGACCCAGACAUCACAGAACUUCUGAGUGGGGUCAAUAGUGGAUUGGUCCGCGCCAAAGACUCCAUCACCAGCUUGAAGGAAAAGACCACCCGAGUUAACCAACAUGUACAAACCCUGCAGAGCGAGUGUUCUGUGCUGAGCGAGAAUCUAGAAAGAAGGCGUCAGGAAGCAGAAGAGUUGGAAGGGUAUUGUAGUCAACUCAAGGAGAACUGCCGGAAGGUGACCCGAUCGGUGGAAGACGCUGAAAUCAAAACCAACGUCUUGAAACAGAAUUCUGCCCUCCUGGAGGAGAAGCUGCGUUACCUCCAACAGCAACUUCAGGACGAGACUCCGAGGAGGCAGGAGGCUGAGAUGCAGGAGCUGGAGCAGAAGCUGGAGGCCGGCCUCUCCCGGCACGGCCUGUGCCCCUCUGCUGUGAACCAGGGUUGCUCCGGCUCCUCGGGGAACUCCGAGGACACCCCGCGGCCGCGCUGCCUGGCCCCCGGGGCCUGGGGAGUGGGGUCCCGGGCAGGGGAGGUCCCCUACGUGAGCGAGCAGGAGUUGCAAAAGGUCUCAGCCGGCUUGGAAGAGCUGAGGAGGGAGGUGUCCUCGCUGACCGCCCGGUGGCACCAGGAGGAGGGCGCGGUGCAGGAGGCCCUGCGGCUGCUCGGGGGACUGGGCGGUCGACUGGACGGCUUCCUGGGCCAGUGGGAGCGGGCACAGCGCGAGCAGGCGCAGUCAGCGCGGGGCUUGCAGGAGCUGCGAAGUCGAGCUGACGAGCUGUGCACCAUGGUGGAGCGGUCCGCCGUGAACAUGGCUUCACUAAGGAGCGAACUGGAGGGGCUGGGCCCAGUGAAACCGAUUCUGGAAGAGCUGGGACGGCAAUUUCAGAACUCUCGAAGGGGACCUGACCACUCCGUAAACCUGGAUCGGUCCUCCCAAGGCUCCUGUACCCGCUGCGCCAGCCAGGGGCAGCAGUUGUCCACGGAGUCCUUGCAGCAGUUACUGGAGCGAGCACUGACCCCACUAGUGGAUGAGGUGAAGCAAAGAGGUCUGGCUCCUGCCUGUCCUAGCUGCCAGCGGCUACACAAGAAGAUUCUGGAGCUGGAGCGCCAGGCCUUGGCCAAACACGUCAGGGCAGAGGCCCUGAGCUCCACACUUCGGCUGGCCCAAGACGAGGCCCUGCGGGCCAAGAACCUGCUGCUGACGGACAAGAUGAAGCCGGAGGAGAAGGUGGCCGCUCUUGACUAUCUACAUUUGAAGAUGUGCUCCCUCCAUGACCAGCUCAGCCACCUGCCGCUUGAGGGGUCUACAGGGACAAUGGGGGGAGGAAGUAGUGGAGGGGCUCCCCCAAAACGUGGGGGCCCAGCCCCUGAACAAUAA